UGAAGCAUUAAGCGGCAUGUCUCUCCUUUGAAUACUUUCCACUUGAGAAAAAAAAAAGAAAUCAUUCAGCCAAAAACAGGAAAUACAAGGCUCAUGAUGGCAUCUCUGAUUUGAGUACACCUGUUCUUAUAACGAGCCCAGCUGCUGGUGUUAACGGCAGUGCGGGAGCAGCUCCACGACCCGCGGAAUGGACCGCAGCGCGUACCUCUGGCUGCUUAGCUCCUUCUGCUGCCUUUGGGGCAUGAGCUGCGGGGCGAGGGAGGUGGUGCUGGGCACCCUAGGCAAGGCGACGUUCCUGCGGAUCCCCCCCGAAUUCCAGGAGCUGACGGUGCGCUUCGGCACAGCUGUCUGGAAGCGGGACACAGAGGACCCACAGAGCAAGCAGGUGCUGCUCAAGUAUUCGGACGGCAACUACACCAACUACAUGCGGGAGCAGACUCGCUUCCACCUGGCCAACUUCUCCCUGGAAAUCCUGAACACCAGCAGGCAGGACAGGCAGCUCUAUGAGUACAUCAUCAGCAAGGGAUCUGAGGAGAAAGUCUGGCAAAUACAGCUGGAAGUAUAUGAGCCAGUGUCAGUGCCCAGCAUCCAGGUGCUCAGCAGGAUGCUGGCCAAUGACAGCUGCACCAUGACCCUCAACUGCACAGCAGAGCGGGGCGAUCGGGUGUCCUACAGCUGGAAUGGUGCCUCCCGCUUCUGCGUCCACAACGGGAGCCUCCUGCACCUCUCCUACAACCCGCGCAAUGCCAGCCUGGCCUGCGCCUGCACUGCCGCCAACCCCAUCAGCCGCCGAGCCGUGGCCUUCAGCGCCUCCGAGUGCAGCUACGAGCAGCAGGUGCUGGUCGCGGUGGUGAUGAUGGCCAUGGGGGCGCUGGUGGCCAGGUGCGUGACUCUGCGUGCAGGCCUGAAGCAGGAGCCCACGCAGCUCGCCGAGGACAGCGCCGUGCACACCAUCUACUCCCAAGUGCAGCGGGUGGAGGAGGGAGCAGCACCCGGCUGGCUCCUGCCGGAGGAUGCUGCUUGA